GCAGCCUUGGUCGUGGCUCUGUUGUUCUUCAGCAUGCCGUUAUUUGAUGCAUUCAAUAGAAAAUUUGGAAUCUUCCAAAAUGAGUCAGACACUAAAAGUGGUUGGGCACCGAUUAUGGGUGCUGUUGGAAUAGUUUUUGUGACACUAGCAGCUCCGACGAUUGGUCGUAAAAAGACGUUCGCAGUCAUUGCGUCGACAUUUGUGGUCGGCUGGACUUUGAUAACUUAUACGAAAAGCUGUGAAGUGUACGACUACUUUCAAGUGAUUGUUGCGGGACAUGCGAUAGUAGCUUUCGCAAUCGGUGCGACCUAUCCAAUUUCAUCAAUUUAUCUCGUUGAAACAAUACGACCGGAACUGUUCGGCAUCCUAGGUGUAAUUCCGUCAAUCUUUUUCAAUGGAGGAACCUUACUGUACAACACAAUCCACGACCACUUCACAUACACUCACAUCGCAUUUUUUGCUGCUGCGCUUCACAUCAUUUUCUUCGUGUUAACAUUGUUCCUCAACGAAUCGGCGCCAUGGCUUGCCGCAAAAAAAUUGAAAACGGAGCGAGCCAAGGAAAAGAAGACACGACAAAGUGAGAUCGACGAUCGUUUGACAGGAACAUCUGAAGGUGAGAGUGUUUUACUGGAAAUCGAAUGUGCUCAGGAUACACCAGCCGUUACGGAAUGGACUUCGGACAAUGAAGCAUUCGUUGAGUCUGAGAUCAAACAAACUAUUGACAGUGAUGGAUCAACAACUGUCAUGCAAGAAAAUGAAGAAAGGGUCGAUGGGAACACAGCGCAGAAUACAGAAUUGGAUCUUGUCAAAAAGGCCAGCGAAUCGACGCUGUUCAAUUUGAUAAAGAUUCCCAAAUUUUCACUGAAAGAUAGUUUCAAUCCAUUGGUGGUAGUUCUUCAGCUAAUUUUUCUAGCAAAUUAUUCGGGCAUGUCUACAAUCCAACUACAUAUGGUCAAGUUCCACGAGGCAAUCGAUGCAACAAAAGACGAAAAUUACGUCUUCCGAUUGAUCGAUCAGAUAAAACUUGGUGGCAGCUUGGUGUCCCUAGUGAUGAUCGUCAUUGUGACGCGAAAAAACUUACUCUACUUCUCGUUCUCUACGAUGGCAUUUUCGCUAAUGGCACUCGGCAGCUACUUCUUUAUCAAGGCUGACAAUCUUGAGCAGAGCAUCGCUGCCGAUUAUCAGUGGAUUCCUUUCGUUCUGUCGAUUGUUUUCAUUGUGGGCUAUUCCGUUGGUAUUGGAUCGAUUGUCUGGUUGGUAAUGGCGGACGUUUUACCUGAAACUUUUCGUGAUAUUUUGGCCACGGUUGCGACGUCGUUUCACUGGAUAUGUAUUUACGGAAUCUUCAUAUUGUUCAAAAAUAAUCGCGGGAAAAGCUUACUUUACACCGAUGUUCUCUUCUGGAUGCACGGCUUCAUCUGCAUUUAUGGAAUCAUAUUUGUUAAAUCUUGUAUACCGGACUCGAAGGGUUGCUCACUGGAUGAUCUUCUUGGCAUGUUGACAGCUGAAUCCUAAAUUCCAUAAUUUGCCGAAUUUCCGAAAUUGAUUGAAAUGAUCCUUUCUGACCUCAACUAUCUUUAUUGUACGUGUAUCUCUAGUGAAUCAUAAAGGAAAUGACGUUCACUAAUCUAUGAUUCCAUUGUUCAUCACCAAUCUUGUAUCAGACUCGUAACGGCGUUCAAUGUGACGCGAUGGAAAUUUUCUUUAAAUAGAAAUUCGAAAUGAUUGACGAGACAAUUAAUUUGUUUGACUUUUUGCAAACCAAUGCCAGUGUCAAUUUCCUACUUUGUACAGCUUAUAUUCAACCUGGGUACAAUAGUAUAUUAGAGUUCAAGAUUGCCGUAAAUUUAAAAAUUUAUUCGUUGGCAGUGUUAUAAAUGUGUCUGAAUUGUGCGAAAUAUAUUGAAACCAAAUCAAUAGUCUUGCGACCGCAAUCAACAAACUUGUAUGUCUAAUGAAAUUAUGAAUUUAUUACACGAAUUCUCUUUCUUUUUCUUGUUAUUAUUAUUUAAAGUUUCUUGAAAUAAAUGAUCUGAAUGUUCACAUUUUACCGCAAA